ACUGAGAUAGUGAGAAAAACCAACGGGGACGGGACCAUGGAGGAAGAAGUCUGGAUGUAUUAGCGACUUUUUACACGCCAUUGCACUUAUUAUAAUGAUACCUGUGCGGGAAUAAAUCGUGUCGCGUACAUGUGACCAAAUGCUGGUGUUUGGGAAUCCGUGGUGAGCGUUUUGGUGCGCGUAAAAGCUUGGAGAGGAACUUAGCAAAGGAAAGUUAGCCUAUUGAUGCUAACAAACUUAGCCUGCGUCUGCUAAAGCGAGGGAGACGGGACAAAAACGGCGCAUUGGGACAAGGAUCGUGAAUUUUACACACUGGAGCAGAGCUAAGUAGUUAUGUUGCUUCGAGGGAUUAACUUUCGAUACGGAUGAGACAGCGUUUGGCGGAGGAGGAACACCGAGUGCGCGGAGGAGGCGAGCCCAGCGGAGCGGUGCCAUGUCGGGCUCUGGGUCCCCGGGCUGGCCGCUGUCGGUGCUCUGCAGACUGGGGGGCUUGUGCCUGCUCCUGCUGCUGGAGGGGGCCGUGUGUCUGGCGAGUCCGAGCAGUCCUUCUGGCGUCAACAACAACAACAACCAGCCCUAUGUCAACAUUUACAUGAGCGUGGAGGAGGUCAAGAAGCUCCUGGGUCUUGAUGCAGAGCUGUACUACGUUAGAGACGACGUGGUGAAUUACUACGCACUCUCCUUCACUCUGCCGGUGCCCAGUGACACCAGCAGCCUGCACUUCACCUGGCACUCCAAAACAAAGGUUGAAUACAAACUGGCGUACCAGGUGGAAAAUCCUAUGGCCAUGAACGCACCCCAGAGCAACAUCUCCAGUCAGGGGGAGCUCCCUCGGGUCCCAUCUGUGUUCAGAGUGGACCUGUUCUGCUCGGGGAAGGUGGACGGAGAGGCUGUGGUGACUGUGCAGCUCAAUCUCACCGUCCACGCCAACAACUACACAGUGCUCAACUUCAAGAGGAGGAAAAUGUGCUACAAGAAAAUAGAUCCUGAUCCAAACCGUCCAACUCUCCCAAACAACACGCUGCCAAGACCCGACUUAGAUGUGACGACCCCCACCACCUCCACGCAGGUCUUCUACAUCAGUGUUAGCGUGUGCUGCAUCGUCAUCUUCCUGGUGGCGAUUAUUCUGGCCAUUCUACACCUGCACAGCAUGAAGAGGGUCGAGAUGGAGGACAGUGUCAGUGACAGUGGGAGCUCUCAGGGCCUGUCACAGCCCUCCACUCAGACCACACAGUACCUCCGCGCCGAUACUCCCAACAACGCAACCUCAGUCACCAAUAAUCACCCUGGCUCUGCACCCAUUCUCCAGCUUGCUGCCUCCUCCCUCCAAAAUCCUGGUGUCCCCCCUCACGAACCUAAAAGUUACCCCUCUCUGCGGAUUGAGAAGAACGACCUGAGGAGCGUCACUCUAAUCGAAGCCAAAGCCAAAGUGAAAGACAUCGCCAUCUCCAGGGAGAGGGUCACACUGCGGGACGUCCUGCAAGAAGGCACAUUUGGGCGCAUCUUUCACGGAGUUCUGCUGGACGAAAAGGAUCCAACCAAGGAGAAGCAAGUCUUUGUGAAGACAGUGAAGGAUCAUGCAUCAGAAGUGCAGGUGACCAUGAUGUUGACGGAAAGUUGCAAGCUUCGCGGACUUCAUCACAGAAACCUGCUGCCCAUCAGUCAUGUGUGCACAGAGGACGGGGAGAAGCCAAUGGUGCUGCUGCCUUAUGUGGCCUGGGGCAACCUCAAGCUGUUCCUGCGUCAGUGCAAACUCGCAGAGGCCAACAACCCACAGGCGAUCUCGCAGCAGGACCUGGUGUACAUGGCCAUCCAGAUUGCGUGUGGCAUGAGCUACUUGGCCCGAAGAGAAGUCAUCCACAAAGACCUCGCUGCCAGGAACUGUGUCAUUGACGACAACAUGCAGGUGAAGAUCACAGAUAAUGCCCUGGCGCGGGACUUGUUCCCCAUGGACUACCACUGUCUGGGGGACAACGAGAACCGGCCCGUCCGCUGGAUGGCGCUAGAGAGUCUACUCAACAAUGACUUCUCCAGUGCAAGUGAUGUGUGGGCUUUUGGAGUGACGCUGUGGGAGCUGAUGACUCUGGGACAGACUCCUUAUGUGGACAUUGAUCCGUUUGAGAUGUCUGCGUACCUGAAGGACGGGUACAGGAUAGCACAACCCAUCAACUGCCCAGACGAACUGUUUGCGGUGAUGGCGUGCUGUUGGGCCUUGGAUCCAGAGGAGAGGCCAAAGUUCCAGCAGCUGGUCCAGUGUCUGACUGAGUUCCACGCAGCUCUGGGGGCCUAUGUGUGAGGAGGCCUCCUGGACAGGACCACACCUGGGGCCAGGGACCAGGAACAGUGGACUAAAGACAGGAUCCUGGACGGACUUGGAGCCAAAAUCCUGAUCUAAGGACAAAUCCAGAAAUGUGUGAAUCAGACUGUGCCUUACAGGACAAAGAGCACAUUUGAACUCACUGAUUUUAUCUUGUACAGUUCUUUAAAGUUUUUAUAUAGUUGAAUUACCUUUUUACAACAUAGCAAAUGGCUUGACCAAAUGGUUCAUAAUUUGUAAUAUGAUGUUUUGCGCUGAGGGCAUGGUAAACAGUCUUUCAACAACCACACAAAACAUUUGUACAGAUCAUUAAGUGGACCUUUUUGCAUUUUUAAAUAUUGUUUUAAAGUUGGUUGCAGUUGAAAAGCCAGCUUAUUGACGAAGACUUUUGCUGAAAAUUAAACAGAUGAAAUGCCAACAGUGUUUUUGAUGCAAUAAGCUCAAUCCAUGGUACGAGACCUGACUUGGAGAACAGAUUCUUCAGGACUAUUCAGUGGUACUGCAAAAUGUCUCUUUUUGUCGAUUGUGCCAAGUUUUGGAAGAAAGUUCCAGAAUAUGCUGAAACAUUUUGAAAUGCAGCGCUUCUUGAACCUUGGACAUUUGUGCCACCAGCCUAACGUUUUUAUAUGCAUUGCAUUGUCUCCACCCAAGUACAUGUUUUAUCUUAUAAGCUUUGAUUGUUCUGUGUCAGAACAGCCCUGUAAAGAUUUAAAACUAAACUUCAAAUUUGUGAAUGCAAAUAUUUACAGUUAAAAUAGAUCUUUUAAAACCACAGUCUAAUGUUGAAUCUGAGCCUGUAGCAUCUUUGUCUUCAUGGUCACUGCAUGUUGACUAAAGGUUGUUCCUGAAAUCACAUAACCAAAUAAAUUGGCUCUUUUAACUUCAA